GAGGUCCUUUGAAUGCAUGUGGCGCGAUAUGGGAAACUGAGGCGUAAAUAGUUUUCUUUUCGCCGAGAGGCUUAAAAUUUGUCCAAACAACAUGUUUUCUAACGCGCAGAGUUGCUGGUUUAUCCGCAAGGUCAUUUGCUGGAGAGCUGCAGCAAGUAUUGCCUGGGCUGUCUUGUUGCUGCCACCCAGCACUGUGAUAUUUGUGAUCCUCAGCAAGUUCAGUCUUCUACACCCCAUCCAGACCCUAUCAGAAUGCUUCUCUCUGCUAACAAGUGCGAGUAUAAUCUUCUCCUUCAUCUUGCUGUGUGGAGUGAUCAUCAUGGUCGGUUUCUUGAACUUUGAGUAUUACACAGUCAUUCCAACUAUUGCAUGCUCGAAAAUUGCACUCUUUGGUCAGCUGCUCCACCCUCGACAGCUUAUCAACUCCUUGGUCCACUGCAUCAUGGGAGUAAUCGUGGCUUGGUGUUCUGCCGUUACCAUCGGUUUUAGAUAUGAAACUCUCGGCUACCCGUGUGCACAGAAUAAUGGUUACCCUCAGAUGUGUCUGAAUGAAUAUCAUCUCAUCCUUUUGAUGGCUGGAGCCUUUGUUGGAUUCUCUCACAGUCUGCUGGGUGUGAUUCACAACAUGAAUUAUGUCUCCUUCCAUACUGUUCAGCAAUACAAAUACCUUCGCUUCAAGGGAUCUCUUCCUUUGGUGGUGAAGUGCAGCGCCACUCAGGCACUUUACUCUGUCAGGAAUUAUAUUGUUGUGUAUUACUUUUUGGGGUACAUUCCAAGAGCAUGGAUCUGUAAAACACUGAAUCUUCACUUGGACAGCUCUGCACACCCCCUUGACAGUAUAGCUGGACUGCUGGACCUCUCCCUGCUCUACCACAUCUGGAUCAGUGCCACCUUUCUUCUCUUCACAUGGUACAUCACACUGCUGCUCUUUAGGAUUUUUCUCACUGAGGGAUACAGUUUUCCUGUGCAGUCAUCUUUUACUGAAGAUGUAGACCAUUGUCUUCCGAAAGUACUUACUGAAAAGCAGCCAAUGAUAUUAAAGUACCUAGCUUUGCAGGACUUGGCUCUGUUGUCUCAGCAUUCUCCAUCACGACGCUGUGAAGUCUUCAGUCUGAGUCAGCCAGGAGGCCAUCCACAUAACUGGAAUGCCAUCAGUAAAGAGUGCCUCUCUCUGUUGGCUGAUCUGACCCAAAGACUUGUAGCCUAUCAUGAAACUGUAGCAACCAAUGGAAGAGCCAAAUCCCUGUCAAGUGGAAGUGAAAGGAAGAUUUCUUCUGAGACAUCAGGUACAGAAGACCUAAUGAGUCCAAGGCCUACACUUCUGAUGAAAACCCCAGCUUCAGUCUUUGCUCGCUCCAUUGCAGGAGGCCAGCAGAGCCCUCUAACAGCCCCGUUCAGUCCUGAUCUGGACAGCCCUUUUGCGUCUCCUGCACUGCGGCGUCUCGCAUCUCCUGUGGAGCAAGGCUCACCAUGGUAUGGCACAGUGCAGAGCCCACACAUCAUGAGGAGAGCGCCAAAACUCUGGACCACCUCCACAGAUUCCCAUGUCAAUGGCAGUCCCCCACCAUCACCAGCUUCAGUUCCCAGUGACAAACAGGAACCCUCCAAACCAAGCUUUCUGGCUCAGUUCCUCCAGAACAGAAAAGAACAGGUUAAAAAUUUCUUGGCAAAGCGGGUGCUGAUAAUGUAUUUGUUUAAUAAGCUGCCAGAAGCCUCCAGUCAAGCUCUCUUUGCUGACAGCCAGGCCCACAUUUGGGCUUUGGAAGGGCUGUCUUGCCUUGUUCAAGCCUCAUUCUCUGAAGAUCAGUUUGGAGUCAUACAGACUACAUUACCCAGUAUUCUCAGCUGCAUGCUAGUCUUACAAGAGGCUGUAGAUCGACACUUCAAGCUGCCUCAUGCCUCCAGUAAGCCUGUCAGGUCAACGAGCAGCAUGGGAGACUCAACAUACAAAACACUGCGCUUUGCUCUCAGGGCCACACUAAAGACCGCCAUCUACAGGAUAACAACCACAUUUGGGGAUCACUUAAAUGCUGUUCUGCUGUCUGCAGACCAUCGGAAAAGAUUGCAGCAGUUUUUGGAGUACAAGGAGUAACACAUUUGACACUGGCUGUGCCUUGAGAUUCUCACUGGUGUGAUUUGUGUGCGUGAAGACAUCAGUUUAAGCCAAGCAACCAGUGAAAGGCCAUGAUAGUGCCUCUUUUAAUAUUUAUGUGUGCAUUAUGUCAUGGAGUAUUAUAUUUAAUAGGUGAGAUCACAUCGCUCACGUGCAUGAGGCAGGAGGAAGUCAAACUGACAGACUGAAAAGGGGUGGAGGACUGUUAUCUCGUAUUUGUGAGAUUUAAACUACCUUACAGUACAAGAGUCUCAUUAAAAAUGUUUCAUUUGUAUCAGGAGAAAACAUGAAGAAAAAUUCAUAUUUGACUUCUGUUAAUUGGGAUGAAUUACAAAGGGCUUUCUGCACUGCGUCAUCCUCUUUGGGUUUCAUAUUUUAGCUGCUGUCCUCUUGAAUAAUAUUUUGGUAUGUUGAGUGAAGAGAGAUGGCAUGAGUGCUGACUAAGAAGCUGUAUUUGUUUUGUAAUGAGGUCUCUUCAGUUUCACAGGUGUCUAAAAUGUAUUCUGAACAUGCUUUUUCAGAGAUCUGAUUUUGGUCUAAACAACUGCCUAGACAUCUGUGUUUGUACAUGUUAAGUGUUUUUGUAUGAUUUGUCAGGGUAAGUGAGGCUAUUGUGUCAGGAGAACAGGUUUGGUCCAAGUGGUUUUAAGCCUGGAUAAAUGUGACUACCAGAAUUUUUUAUUUUUUUUUUGUUGCUCA